AUGUAUGCGCUUUAACAAAUUAAUUUCAAAACUGUUUCCAAGUGAAGACUUGCAAUUUUAAAAUCUGUGAAAUAAUUCAAUAGAACUUAGACAACAUGUCUAAAGGACGCGGACAAUUCUUAAAUUUGUGUCUAGAGCAGACAAUAUCAACUGAAUCGAAUUCCAGUGAAGGAAUUUCUACAAAAGAUAGCGGCCUGGGUUCACGUAGUCCCGUAUCAGGUGGUGAAUUUAGACGCUUGGGACGUGGUAAAAUAAUCGAAGAUUUGAGCUCAUUCUCUAGUUUGUCAAUUGGUGGGCGAGGACGAUGUAAUAUAAGAUUAUCGGACGAUGAUGUAUCUCAGAGUGCAAUUCAAACUCCGGGCAGAGGCAGAGCGAGUUUAUUUCAACGUUUUACUUCGGAGACUUCAACCACAUCAUUUUCUUCGGAAGAGCCACGGCGAGCAUCAUCGCCAUUAAAGACACAGCCUGAAGUUCCUGCACAAGUAGAAAGUGUGGUAAGAGAAGAAGCGAGAGAGGAAAAAUCCGAUUUUUACAAAUCAUUGCAAAAUACUCAUGGUUCUAAGGGAGAACCAACAAAAUUAGCCAGUAACUAUAUACGAUUGGAGUCGGAUCCCCAAAAAGGAGUAUUCGUGUAUGAGGUGAGAUUUGUACCCAAUGUAGAUUCGACCAGUUUGCGCAUGAAAUACUUAAAUGAGCAUCGUGACAAAUUUGGUGGAACAAAAACAUUUGAUGGCGUCACCUUGUACUUGCCCAUUUUGCUAAAGGACAAAUUAACUACAUUUGUUUCACAAAACAAAGCAGACGGCUCGGACAUAGAAAUACGUAUUUUGUAUAAACGCAAAGAAAGCUUGAAAAAUUGUAUACAUUUGUACAAUGUUCUAUUCGAUCGCGUAAUGAAGACUUUGAAUUAUGUGCGCUUUGAUCGAAAACAAUUUGAUCCCACUUCUCCCAAGAUUAUACCACAACAGAAGCUUGAAGUUUGGCCCGGCUAUGUUACAGCUGUCGAUGAGUACGAGGGUGGUUUGAUGUUAUGUUGUGAUGUCUCGCAUCGCCUGUUGUGUCAGAAAACUGUGCUGGACAUGUUGAUUGACAUACACAGAAGCAAUUCUAGUUCAUUUCAAGAGGCUGCUAAGAAAUCUCUACUGGGAGCUGUCAUUAUAACACGCUACAAUAACCGUACCUACCGUAUAGAUGAUAUAUGUUUUGAUAAAAAUCCCAUGUCGACUUUUCCCACCAAAGAUGGCCCCAUCUCGUAUAAUGAUUACUACCUCAAAAGCCACAACAUUGUUAUUAAGGAUAAAUCCCAGCCUUUGCUUAUAAGCAUUAAGAAACAAAAAUUGGCCAAUAACGUAGAAACUGAGGAUAUAGUCUUUUGUUUGAUACCUGAAACUUGUCACUUGACUGGCCUGCGCGAUGACAUGCGUUCCGAUUUUAAGCUAAUGCGUGAAAUAGCCACCUUUACACGCAUUUCUCCCAAUCAACGCCUGCAGGCAUUAGAGAAAUUCUACACCAACAUAAAUAAGAGUCCAGAAGCUAAACAAAUUUUAAAUGAUUGGGGUUUGACCUUGAAGCAGUCUUAUGAGCAUAUAAAUGGCCGCUGUUUUGAAGAGGAGAAAAUCUACUUCAAUCAAAAAGUCUUUUCGGCUGGACCUAAUGCAGACUUUUCACGUUACGCUUGCAGUAAUGAGUUAAUUGAGGUUGUGCACAUUCAUGACUGGCUGUUGAUACAUGUGAAAAAUGACUCGAAAACAGCCCAAUCGUUUUGUGAGCACGUCGAAAGAAACACCCGAGCUUUUGGCAUGAAAGUACAAAAACCAAAGAUGAUUGUGUUGCCAAACGAUCGUGUAGACACUUAUGUUAAAGCCAUCAGGGAGAAUAUUACCAAAGAAACUCAAAUAGUAGUGUGUAUUUCGCCAACUGCCCGUGAUGACAGAUACUCGGCCAUAAAGAAAAUCUGCUGCGUUGAAAUGCCAAUACCUUCGCAGGUGAUAAAUUCUCGCACUCUCUCCAAUGAUUCCAAAAAUCGUUCUAUUGUUCAGAAGAUACUGCUGCAAAUGAACUGCAAGCUGGGUGGAUCGCUGUGGUCGGUAAAGAUUCCCUUCAAGAGUGUUAUGAUAUGUGGCAUCGACUCGUAUCAUGAUGCGGCCCAAAAGGGUAACUCCGUGGCUGCCUUUGUGGCCUCCAUUAAUCAGACUUACACCAAAUGGUACAGCAAGGCUGUCAUCCAAACCAAACGCGAGGAAAUUGUGGGCGGUUUAUGCUCCAGUUUCAUAUCCGCCUUGUUGGCAUUUCGCAAGGAAAAUGGCAAAUAUCCUGAUAGCGUUAUAAUCUAUCGCGAUGGUGUGGGCGAUGGUCAACUUUCGCUAUGUGAAUCAUAUGAAAUUCCACAAUUUGAAUCCGCUUGCAACCGAAUGCUUAAUCACACUCUGAAAAUCACUUUCAUUGUGGUACAAAAACGCAUUAACACGCGAUAUUUUUCUGUAAGUGGAAACAAUGCAAAUAAUCCUCAGCCCGGCACUGUGGUCGACAAUAACAUAACACGCUCCAACUACUAUGAUUUCUUUUUGGUAUCGCAAAGUGUUCGCCAAGGUACGGUUAGUCCCAGCCAUUAUAUUGUGCUGCGUGACGACUCUCUCUACAGUCCAGACAUCAUUCAAAGAUUGACCUAUAAGUUGUGCUUCCUGUACUACAAUUGGCCUGGCACUAUACGCAUUCCUGCCUGCUGUCAAUAUGCUCAUAAGAUGGCCUACUUAGUGGGCCAGAAUAUACGCCGUUCACCUUCGGAGGAAUUGUGCGACAAAUUAUUUUACCUUUAAAACUUUAUAUUUCACUAUUUUCACUACAAUAUUUUUUUUUUACUCCAUGAUUACUUUUUUUUACCGCAAAGUACAAUAUAUAAUUAAUUAUAUGCAUAGAUAUACAUAUACCUAUAUAGGUCUUUUUAGAUACUAUAAACCAUAGGUAAAACCUGGAAUAUUGGUACAUAGUACACAAUAUGUAUAUGAAAUUGAAUUCUGAUCAAAAUAUGUAAUAAAUAAAAAGACUGCUAAAUAUAAAUAA